AUGGACAUUACGCCUUACUCUGCAGACAUGGACCUGACCUCGGCCCUUCCGUCAUGCAGUGGAAAUAAGGGCUAUCGGAAAUCCUGCUGCCUUCCUCCUGGGCAGUUUCCAGGAUGUGGGAACAUAGUGACAUUCUCCCAGUUCCUAUUUAUUGCGGUAGAAGGCUUUAUCUUCGAAGCCAACUUUGGGAGGAAGAGGCCGGCCAUACCAAUAAGGUAUUAUUUCAUCAUGGUGGCCAUGUUCUUCACUGUCAGUGUGGUGAAUAACUAUGCCCUGAACUUAAAUAUCGCCAUGCCACUGCACAUGAUCUUCAGAUCAGGCUCUCUCAUAGCAAGCAUGGCUCUAGGUAUCAUCAUUUUGAAGAAAAGAUACAGCGUAUCUAAAUACACGUCCAUAGCCCUGGUGUCCCUGGGGAUCUUUACCUGCACUUUCAUGUCUGCAAAGCAAGUGGCAUCUGACUCCAGCUUAAAUGAAGAGGACGGACUCCAAGUUUUCUUGUGGUGGCUGCUAGGUAUUGCUGCACUCACCUUCGCCCUCCUCAUGUCUGCCAGGAUGGGGAUUUUCCAGGAGAUGCUGUACAAGCAGUUUGGGAAGCACUCCAAAGAGGCCCUUUUUUACAAUCACGCGUUACCACUCCCUGGCUUUGUCCUCCUUGCCCCAAACAUCUACCACCACGCAGUCCUCUUCAGCCAGUCCGAGCUGUUCCAGGUCCCAGUGAUCGGGCUGACCCUGCCAAUCAUGUGGUUCUACCUCCUCAUGAACGUCAUCACUCAAUACGUCUGCAUCCGAGGCGUCUUCAUCCUCACCACGGAGUGCACCUCCCUCACCGUCACGCUGGUGGUGACGCUGCGCAAGUUCGUCAGCCUCAUCUUCUCCAUCCUCUACUUCCGCAACCCCUUCACGGCCUGGCACUGGCUGGGCACCACCUUCGUCUUCGUGGGGACUCUCAUGUACACGGAGGUGUGGAACAGCCUCAGGCCCUUCCUGGCCCACUGGAGGAAGAGGCCGAAGGAGGAGUAACAGCCGGGGACUCUCUGCGGGGACCUUUUUAUUGUUUUAUAGAGCAGAGCAGCAGGGAAUCCCCCAGAGGGGGGUUGUUUUUAUGACACGGGGGAGGUGUUGGCUGUCCCAGGCUCCUGGGAACCGUGGAGCCUCCACUGGGAACCUACCUGAAAUGGAUCAUGGAGAGACGAUACGGUUAUUUUUGCAAGGUUGCAUUUUUUUUAUGCAACCCCUUUCGCUUCCAACCUCUCCCCCUGUUUUUUUCGUUUGAAUAACCCUUUUUAAGUAAUGUAAAAGCUGACCCACUUCUCUGUUAGGAGCCCAACCUUGUUGUGGUGCUGUUGUCCACUCCUCCCGGCUUUGAUGAGCUGGACCCUGAGCCUGUUUGGUGCCGUCCUUUAAUGUCCAGGUGGUCGUAGCGGAUGGCUGAGCCCCGGGGAACUGCUGUUUGUGCAGCAGGUUGUUAGUUAACACUGGAAAUGCCAGGCCUGGCUGUUAACCUGAGUCCCUGUUGCCUGAUCCUACCAUCUGUGCUGGGAGGGUGUCGGAUACACCUGUAGCUAUAGAGCCCUCCAGUCUGCCCAGUAGAUCCUCCACUGGGGAGUGGCCCAGGGGGCUGAUUCCCAAGCCACCGAGCCCCCGUCACUAGUAGCAGGGCCUAGUUGGGAGCCUGAGGAGACCAACAAGGGGUGAUGAUAAGGGGACAGAAAGUGUCACCGUGUCACCUUCGCAGCCUUCUCAGGGAGAUGGUGAAGUGCUGUUGAGGCUUCGCUGAGUCCUCAGAUGUUGCCCUGAUACUUCACCAGCCGGAGGGUAUCAGGGGUUCCUCCUGCUUUGGUUAGGUCCUCAGUGCAGGUCACUUUUCAGUCGCUUCCUACUUUUUCCCUCAUUACAAGCGCGUUCGGUGGGCUUCGUUACCAGCAGUCAGCUGCAACGAACUGUGCUGAGCCCCCAGCACGCCUGUGGUCCCCCCAGAUCCAGCCCAACCUCAGGGUUCAAAUGACGCCAAGAAACUUAAGAAGGGCCAGUACAGCUGAGCUUGUUUCUGCUGCUGGGGGCAGGGGGGGGGCUGGUUUUACUGUCCCUUCACCCAGUUCUCCUCUUCCCUUCUCCCACCCCUCAGCCAUCAGCUUCGCUCGUGGCAUUUCUGUGCAUCAUAGCAGCAUCCACCUGGCGCAGGACCGGUGUCCCUUAGUGUCACCCCUCCACUGGGGCAGGGGUGGGCUGCAAGAGCUUUGGGUGUGUCCCCGUGCAUGUAGGCAAUGUGUGUCUCCCAGCAAGGUGAGGACCAGCAGCCACAGCUCUUCUAGGAGCUGCUCAGUGUUGGGGAGAGCAAGGGUUAGCGCGCAGCCUUGUCUUGGUCUCGGAGCAGCGGGGAGCACUUUGUGCUGCCUCAGUUUUCCUGGAGCACCUUGUCCUCAUCGUCGUGAUACUGUCCCUGCUCAACUGUGAUAAUUAAGGUAUCCAGCAAUGUCAACCUGAUUCGCAUCGAGCUUGGCCGAGUAAGGACUAUACUCCGUUAUUCCUCCACCCAACGUCCCGAUGGCUUCCAGCCUUGGCGUUUACAACCCUUCCAGCGUUAAACCUGUGCCUGUGGUGGGUUAACCCCAGCUGGCAGCGAAGCACCGCAUGGCUGCUCGCUCGCUGUCCCUCACGGUGGGACCGGGCGGGGGUGGAUAGGAAGGGCAAACCCAAGAAAAUUGGUGAGUAGAGAUAAAGAUGGUGUAACAGCAAAGGAAAGAGGAAGGGAAAAAAAAAACCCAAGUGAUGGAAAGGCGACCACUCACCAUCUCCCACCGUUAGACCUGUGCCCAGCCAGUCCCCGAGCAAUGGCCACCUUUCCAAGACCUCCUCCCCUCAGUUUUUUUAUUGCUGAUUUUUGUCUGUAUCAGCUGUCUUGGAUACACCCCUUCCCAGCUUCUUGCCCAUCCCUGGCCUAAUCGUUGGUGAGGGGCAGAGUGGGGAAAAAAGGGAAAGCCUUGAUGCUGUGCAAGCGCUGAAACACCGGUGUGUUGUCAACACUGUUUUAGCCACAAAUGCAAAGCCCAGGACCGUACGGGCCGCUAUGGAAGAAGUUAACUCCAUCCCAACCAGAGCCGGUACGAUGCUGACGGGACCUGCAGCUCGCUCCUUCCUGAGAUGCUGCAGGGUUUUCUCUUCUGGUUUUGAUUUUUCCUGAGCCUGAAAAAACCUCUUGUAUUUUGAGAGUCAGACAUGGGACGUUUCCAAGGAUUUUGUAGAUGAGGAGACUGUUCCCCAACAGCUGCCCCAGCACCUAGCGCAGGUCAGCUCUCACUUCCAGCUCUUUGCACAGGCUCCAGGAAGGACCCAGAGGGAGGCAAAACCUUUAUCCCUCAUCUUGACCUUCAGAGCUAUUUACACGGAGCUUCAGCUGAGACAGGGAGGGAGGGGAAGGCGACACGAGUUCAGCGCGAAAGCAUCGGGGACACCGGGCAACUUGGUGGGGUUCAUCAAAGCUUAAAACACACCGGUGUGACACCAGGCUGAAGGCAGAAGCCGCGUUCGCGGUUGGGCAGCAGGAGCUGUAACUCCUCUUGGGCGGCCGUGGCGGUGGUUGCUGUAGGCUGGGCUGGGGAUUUAGCAAAGCAACAGCUGAGCAGGCGCCGGAGUGAGUGUAACAUACUGUACAUAGCCUACUCGCUAGGUCGCUCUUUGUAGCAAGGAAACUGCAUGUUGUCUCCAAUUUCUGUGUGAUGCUGGUAGGUUUGGGGCUGGUUGGGUUCCUCUUUUAACCAUGCGCUGUACUUGGUCUUCACUCGAACCAGGUGUCAACGAUGGGUUAUUAUUUGUUGUUGUCAGGGAUAUUUUUUUUAACUUUACAGCGUGAUCUGUGUGUUUCUGAGUAUUUAUGAUUGUUACAGCGUCGCAGAAGUGGCAGCGAUUCCCUUCCUGCUGUAGGAGAGCGGGUGAGCUUGCCCGGUUGUGAGAUGGAGGAAAGGUCCACGCAGAAGGCCCCUGUUAGCCAAAACUAGGAUUUGAAUCCAGGGCUCCCCCCCAAAAUGGGGCUACUGAUUUGUUUGGUUUUAAUGUUUGCUGUAGAGAUAAUAAUAGCACAUAUUUUUUAGCAGAGGCUGGAAAAGUGGGUGAGCCAAAAUACUUUUUGAUCAGUGUUCUGGGUUUGCAGAGUUUUUGGGUCGGCUGGUUGGGUUUAGGGCAGUAUUUUUGUUGUUGUUUUUUUUAAAACCAAAAUAAAUAUGUAUCCUC